AUGUUUUAGUUUAUAUUUUCAUUCCUAAUGUUGGCUUGUGUUAAUGGGAACUCAGUAUUGAACUAUAAAUUGAGCGAAGGAUCAAAACGUAAAUUAUAGGAGAGUAAACCAAAUAUUACUUCUUUAUCAUGGGAACCAUUAAGGAUUCAUUAUGAAUUUUUGGAUCCUUCUUACGAUGCUGAAUCACUAAAAUUUUUAAAAACAGUUCUAGAUAUCACAAGCACUUUCUUUUAAAAACAUUUAUUAAUAAGAAGAUCAAGUUAAAAGAUUACUUAUAAAAGUAGUUAUCCAAAAUCAAUUUUUGGAUUCACUAUAAGUGAAGAAUUGUAAUAGAAAGAAUAUGAUGCAGAUUUAGUAUAAUAUAUUAUUUGAAUAUAGGUUUUAUUUAUCAAUGCUGAGAAUACAGAUAAAGAAACCUAUUUAGCAUAUUGUGGUCCUGCAAUUUUUGAUGAAAUAACGUUAAGACCGAUUAUUGCUUUAGUUUCUUGGAAUUUAAAUUAUUCAAAAUUAUCAGAAAUGACUAAUUCAUUAUUUGAAAAUAAUGUUGAAACUGCAGUUCAUGAAGUCAUUCAUGGAUUAGGUUUUGUGGAUGAUUUCUUUUCUAGUUAUUAUGAUUCAGUCACAGGAGAAAGUUAUAAUUCAUCAAAUAGUUAUACUGUUUCAAAAGUGAUUUACUUAUCAACACCAAGAGUAACUAAUUUUAUUCAAUAUCAUUUUAAUUGCACUACAUUAAAAGGAUUAUAGAUGGAAAACAAUGGAGGAUCAGGAACUUAAGGAUCUCAUUUUGAGAGAAAUCUCUAUUAUAAUGAAAUAAUGACAGGUUCAGAUAUGACUGGAAACUUUUUAAUUACAGAUUUUACAUUUUAAUUAUUUUAAGACACAGGGUAAAAUUAAUAAUUAUUAUAAAAGAUUCUAUCGAAUAGCUGAUUAUUCACCAGAUUAACCAUUAUGGGGAAAAAAUAAAGGAUGUGAAUUUGCAAAUCUAUAAUGUUAAGGAGGCAAUUAUUCUGAAUUCUGUGUAGGAGAUUCAACUAAAGGCUGUUCCUUUUAUAAAUCAGGGGUUUCCAAAUGUAUUUCUGAAUAAUUAUCAGGAUCAUGCAAAUAUUUUUAUAUCUAUUCAAAUUAUGAUUGUAGAGAUCCUGAUAAUAUUGAAUCUUGGUAAUCAUCAGAUUUAAUUUAACAUUUUGGUUCUGAUAGUAUGUGUGUGUCUGGAUCAGUCUCAAAAAAAUAAACAUAUUCAGAUUACACUUGCAUAUAAUAUAAAUGUGAUGUAAAAAAUAAAUUAUCGUUGGUUGUUGAUGGAUAGGAAUUUGAUUGUUCUAAUACAGAAACCAUAAAGCUUCCUGAAUCAUAUUAUGGUAAUUUAAAAUGCCCUUCAAAUCCUGAAGAAUUUUGUUAAAAUUUAGAUGAAUGUCCAAAUUCAUGUAGUUCAAAAGGUUUUUGUAUGAAUAAAGAAGUAUUAUAUAAUUAAUAUAUUAUAGUGCAUUUGUAUGUCAGGAUAUUCAUCAAAGGAUUGCAGUGUAAAAUGCACUAAUUAUAGAUACAAAGGUAGUUGCUUAGAAAAAUGUCCAGAUUCUACUUAUGUAUUUGAAAAUAUUAAAUAUUGUGUUGGAUGUCCAAGUGUAAUAAUUAUUUAUGUAAAUUUUAGAAUUGUUUAACAUGUUAAAAUUAUAAUAAAUGUACAUCAUGUAAAGCAGGUUAUGUAUUGAGAGGAGGUUUUUGUGAUAAUUAUAAAUUAACUGAGUUACUUACAGUAAAUUUGUCAAAUUCAACUUCAAAUUCAAAUAAUACUAAUUCUAAUACUACAAUCACUGAUACUAAUUCUACUAAUACAAACAAUAAUAGUUCCUCAAAUUCAUCAACCAAUUCUACAGAUACAUCAAAUAACUCAACAGAUAUAUCAACUAAUUCUACAGAUACAUAAACUAAUUCAACAGAUACAUAAACUAAUUCAACAGAUACAAAUUAAUCUUUAAAUUCAACAGACACUAAUUAAUCUACAAAUUCUACUGAUUCUGGAGAUUCUAAAAUUAAUACUGUAACUAAGGAAGAUUUAAUAUAUCUAAUAAAUACAUUUUUGUUAACAUUAUAUGUGUGA